CGAUAAAAUGGCGGACCAGGCGCUCAACCACACGCAAACGAAGAAAUGGGAAACGAGAACGCUCGUGAUCAGAGCUCCUCGCCGGGACGGAGGUUAGCUACCCUCGCAAGGCACCUCAGCGUCGGCGAUACUUCUCUCAUUUCGUCUCGCGGAGAAGCCAUCAAUACCGCGCCCACCGCUGGAUUCCAUGGUGGAUCCGUUUUCGCCAACGUCGCCCAAGCACCGGAGGAUCCGAUCCUGGGGGUGACAGUUGCAUAUAACAAGGAUCCAAGUCCUAUGAAGGUAAACUUGGGAGUUGGGGCCUAUCGGACUGAGGAAGGAAAACCACUUGUGCUCAAUGUCGUAAAGAAAGCCGAAAAAAUGCUCCUCAAUAAUCCAUCUCGUGUUAAGGAAUACCUCCCAAUAACUGGAUUGGCAGAUUUCAAUAAAUUGAGUGCUAAACUAAUAUUUGGAGCUGACAGUCGCGCCAUUCAAGAAAAUAGGGUGACGACGGUGCAAUGCUUAUCUGGUACUGGCUCGUUGAGGGUGGGAGCUGAAUUUCUGGCAAGGCAUUACAAUAAGCGUGCAAUAUUUAUUCCUCAACCAACAUGGGGAAACCAUCCAAAAGUUUUUACAUUAGCAGGUCUCUCGGUGAAAACUUACCGCUACUAUGAUCCAAAAACAAGAGGAUUGAACUUUCAAGGUUUGCUAGAAGACCUAAAUAUGGCUCCCUCUGGAGCUAUAGUGCUCCUUCAUGCAUGUGCACAUAAUCCAACUGGUGUUGAUCCUACUCUAGAUCAAUGGGAACAAAUCCGGCGGUUAAUGAGAUCCAAAAGCCUGCUUCCUUUCUUUGACAGUGCUUAUCAAGGAUUUGCAAGUGGAAACUUGGAUGCUGAUGCACAAUCAGUACGGAUGUUUGUUGCUGAUGGAGGCGAAUGCCUCAUGGCUCAAAGCUAUGCGAAGAACAUGGGUCUAUAUGGGGAGCGUGUUGGUGCACUAAGCAUUGUCUGUGAAUCUGCGGAUGUGGCUGUUAAGGUUGAAAGUCAGCUGAAACUUGUGAUUAGACCUAUGUACUCUAAUCCUCCCAUUCACGGCGCUUCUAUCGUUGCUACCAUUCUAAAAGACAGAGAAAUGUACCGUGAAUGGACAAUUGAGUUGAAAGCCAUGGCAAAUCGUAUAAUUAGCAUGCGUCAGCAGCUUUUCAAUGCUUUAAGUGCUAGAGGGACACCUGGUGACUGGAGUCACAUCAUCAAACAGAUUGGUAUGUUUACUUUCACUGGGCUUAACAAAGAGCAAGUGAGCUUCAUGACUAGAGAGUAUCAUAUUUACAUGACUUCUGAUGGGAGGAUUAGCAUGGCUGGUUUGAACACCAAAACGAUUCCUCAUCUGGCUGAUGCCAUUCAUGCAGCAGUCAAUCGCAUCAAGUGACAAAAGGGGUAUUACUAUGAUUCAACUAUAGUUAAAACCUUACGGAUGAUGAAUGUUGGUUCAAUAAUUCCUCUCCCGAUUUCGCACCAAGUUGUAAUUUAAGGAUGGGGCUUUAUUAUUUUGCAACGGAUUCCGCCUGCAAACUUGUGUAUCGAAUAGACUACCAACUAUAUCUUCUCAAAUAAAUUCAAUAAUUGUCCGCCGAA